AAUUGACAUUCGCAAAGCGUAGCUUCUAAGCCGAACAUUUUUUUAACAAACAAUGAAGUGAGCAAAACAAUAAAAAGUUGUAUUGAUUUUUCCUAUUAAAGUCAUAACACUGAUAUAAAUAUGUUCUGUUGUCUGAAAAGUUGUGUUAAUGGUUUUUCACUGACUCCUAGUGUCCCAAUACGAGUGAAAGAAAAUCCUAUACAACUGGAUACACUUCAUAUGGGCCAUGAGGUGGUGAUAGUCAAGGGUGGACAGAGAGCAUGUGGUUCAGGCUGUGUUUUGGGAAACGCUCCUUUGGUUCAGAAUAAGGCGUACUUUGAAGUCAAGCUGCAACAAGGAGGAGUGUGGGCUGUAGGGCUUGCCACCCGUGAGACAGAUAUUAACAAAGUACAUGGUGGUGUGGAUAAGGAAUCCUGGUGUUUAAAUAGCGAUGGUACAGUGAGACAUGAUAAUGUAGAAUUGUAUCAAUUGAAACCAGCUCCUAGAGACUCUCCGACCACUGAAAUGCUGGUUUCGACUGGUUCUGCAGACCAUAUAAAUGAUAAACAGGAUAGAGAUGAAGAAGUCAACACUGUUAUGCCAGUGGAAGGUGAUGUCAUAGGCUUAGCUUAUGACCAUGUUGAGUUGAAUUUCUUCUUGAAUGGUAAAAAUAUGGAAAUACCUGUACGGAGUGUUAGAGGGACAGUUUAUCCUGCACUAUAUGUUGAUGAUGGUGCCAUAUUGGAUAUAAUACUGGAUAACUUCCGAUAUCCCCCUCCAUCUGGAUAUGAGAAGAUUAUGGUUGAACAGUCGCUUCUCUAACAGAAAGAUCUCAAAUGUAAAGCUUAGUUGUGCAUGGACACUUGUUGUGUGUGUGUGUGAUCUUUUACCUGUGCAAAUGUCUUAUAUGAAUGUCAGCAUUGUUUAUGCUAUAAAUUAUAAAUCAUAAUCAAUUCUUUAUAUUUGAUGUAAUAUUGUAACUGUAUUAUAUAUAAAAAAUAAUAACUGUAUAUUCUAUAGUAAUUUAAUAGUCUAUGAUCUAUUUUUUUAGUAAGAAACGUGUUGAAAUUGUAAAUAUAUUGAUAUUCUAGAUUUUGUUUGAGUGUACACAAAUUUUCCAUUUGCAACAUACUAUAAAAAUAAACUAAGUGUAAAAGAUACUAACAGUCUAUUACAUAAGUCAGAACUUCUUUCAAUUUUUAAUUUUCGUUGUAAGUAUACACUGAAAUAACUUUUAAUGUUAUAAAGUUUCUCAUUAACAGUUUAUUAUGGCAAUUAUUAUAUUCAAGAAAAUAUGUUUCCUUCAGCUAUUACAGCAUACAGACCAUAUCAUAAUAGAUUUUAGGAUAAUUAAAGCACAUGAAUACAUUGUAAAAAAACUCCCAUUCGAAAUGGGAGUCUAAAUCAUAUAUCCUCUUUUUAUACCAUAAUUUCUCAAUGAUAUUUAAUUACUUCGUAUGUUUAUUACUUUGCAGUGUUAUAACCAUAUUGAGAUAAAUUUUGCUAAAUAAUAACAGAUAUUAUAAAACAAAGUAGUAAAGAGUAAUUAAUAAUUUAUUUUACUUAAGAAUUUAUAAGGAACUGGCAGUGAAUAGCUUCAAUCUGUAAAUUCACUUGUGAAUAAAGGCCGAGUUAUUUAAUUAAUUAAAAAGGUACAAAAAUGCUAAUAAAUUGCUUUAAUCACUUCUAUAUAAUUUAAUUAUAAUUAUAAUCUGAUGAAUAUAACAUUAUAUAAGAAUUCAAAGCUCAUUUCACAGGUCGUUGGGCAUUUAUUUUUCGGUAAUCGGUAACGAAUUUAUAAUAAUUAAACGCAAAGGUGCCUAUUGACAGUGUAAUAAUGUCUACAGUCUUAAUAAAUAUGUUUAUACAGGUCAAGCAUGCGGGGGGCGAGGCAAAGGGGUGAGACUCGGGAGGAAUGAGCCCGAGUUACAUACGCCAUGUUGUUAGGGACUCGGGACUCUAUUCAGGGGCUGCCGCGUGCAUGUUUUAUGUGGUAGAUUUAAUCUUUAUUAUUAUUGAGUUGACUUCUGCUACGAGAUUAAAGGCGUAAUUGUUCCACUAUGCUUUUAAUGUCAGUAUACAUGUUUUUUUUUAUAACAAUUUGCCUAACAAUUGAUUCUUAUUAAUUGAAAUGAAAAUGUAUUUGUAGUUAUGGUUUUUGUUUUAAUAUCCUCUUUAAUCUUCCAGUUAAGCCUUCAAAUUAACUGAAAUCGAGCGAAUAUAGCCACCAUUACUGUGUUGAAGAGAUAGCUGCUUUUUUUGUGACGUAUUCACAUGAUAGAUAAAUAUGCCCAAUGACUUGAAUGAAUAAACGAAUUGAAUGGCCUAUGAUUUUUUUCAGUAUUUUUGCGUUUGCUACAGUAUCCAGGCCAUUCUUAAAAUAAAAUAUCAAAGAUCACGGUCUCGCAUAGUACAUCAUUAAAAUAUAAUCUUAAAAAUCUAUAGCUUUUAAUAUAUCUUUUGUUUUCUUCCAAAAGAGAAUGGAAGUAUUUAACCUAAUUAUUUUCCUUCUACAACCGUUAAAUCGUAAGGUAUCAUUGUCAACUCUUCACAUCAGUAGAUAAUUUGGUUAAUAUUAAUAGUUGAACUCAUAUUCACGCUAAACUUAUCCUAUUUUAUAAUGUAAUUGAUUUUUCCUAUAACUAUUUUGAUACAAUUCCUUAUUAGGCAAUAGAUAGUAUAAAAUAGAUUCAUCUAGGCAACAUUGAUUUGAUUUGGAAAAUAUCUAAGGUAGUAAUUUCUUGUGUUUGAAAUCUAGGUAGCUAAGUUCUAAGGUAGCUAGCUCCAUCUUUGACCAAUCUACUAUGGUAAAGUUUAAUAUUAUAUUUUUGUAUAAAUAAUUAAUUCAUUUCGUUAUUGAUUAAAUGUCAAAAUUACAGGCACUGUUAGUAAUUGACUGAUAAUAAAUUUGAAUGUAAUGUUAUACAAAAUUCAUCUGAGUUAAGGAAAUAAGAAGACGUAGCUAUUUUAAUUGAAAUUUAAUACUCAUUGUAAGUCCGGGAUUUUACUAGUACUACAACACGGCAUUGCUAUAAAAAAAUCUAAUUGCAAAAUCUUGGUCUAUGGGUUUCAUAAGUAUUUUUCAUAAAGUGCCAAUAUAAUAUAAAUGAUUUAUUAAAAUAUGCUUUGUUUGUAUGUAAAUGUGUGCGCAUUGAUUCGGUGUGCUGAAGCUAUCUGUGUUUUUUCUAAACCUAAUUAGGAGUAAUAUAAAGAAAAUAAAAACAAUAAAAAGCAAAACGAGAAGUAUCAGUACAUUAUUAUUGAUAAAAAUUAAACUAAAAGAUCAUAACACCUAUUGUCUGGCACGUACGCCUUUUCCCAAUCUGUGUAUGGCGGUGAUAUAGGGUUUCGAAUUAAUCUAGGUUGUUGAAUACUCAUUUCUUGAGGGACUGUUAUUUAACAGGCUCUAAACUUCUACACCUACACAUUUCCUCUACUCGUACAAUUUUCUCUAAUGCCUGAAUGUCUUUCUCUUCCCUGAUAUAAUGAGAAAUCGUCUCAAUUAUCGACAUUAUAAUCAAUAGCUGUUCAGGAUCAGAUCCUUUAAUAUGCAUUCCUUGGUGUUUCCGCUUCUCAAUUAUGUGGAUAGUUGUUGUUUGAUUGAGGGUGUGCCAGGCUUAAAGGGGAUCGUAGUUUAUUUUUUGGAAACGCGUCAGGAUUUGUACAGACUAAGUAUUUGUGUCGUAAUAUAUGGAGAUAUAGUAUUGUGGGACACCAAGCAGAUACAGAUUGGGCAUAUUGGGGAAUCCAUCAUUAUUCUUCUCUUGAGUAUCAUGCCGUCUUUGUAGUGAGCAUAUUGAUCCUCUGAAUCAACAUCGUCUUCAACAUGGGAUUCACUGUGCCUGGAAUAAACGGGAUAAAGGGGAGAUUUGAGGGUGAUAUGUGGAAGUUAAAGCUGAGGGGAUCCGGUCGGAUAUUGUACCAGAGGAGUUAAUUUAUCAUACACGUUAAAAAGAGCUUCAUCGAUGGCCUCGAAUGCCUCGGCUGUACUUGGAGGUUCUUGAAGACCACUAGAAUAUGUUUGACUUAUGCCAUUGAGAAGCCUGACUAGAUUUCGAGAAUUUGUUUCACUAAUUCCCUCAAUCUCUGCGUCAUCACCCAUGAUCUUGCAGAGGGUUACAGUACCUGAAAUAUUAAUCUUCCUGUUACAUGUUUUAGAAAGACUUCUCUUGCCCCAUUAAAUGCUUUAGAAUCUGUCUCUGCUUGCCGUUGUGCGUACUAUGACAAAAACCAAUAAACUAAAUAAUUGGACAGACAAAUAAUAUUUUGUCAAUAUGUCUGCCUACAAUAUAAAUUGCAGUUUGUCUUCAAAAUGUAUGAAUGUAAAAUAUUUAGCAUUUCAUUAUAUAAUAAUAAGCGUUCCUCAUAGCAUGUAUUUGGAAAAUAUAACUAUGAAAUAUAAAUAUAAUUAUUGAGGAAUACAGAAUAUUUUCAACUUCACAACUUUUAUUAUGUGUAUUGUAAUUAGUUCUACGCAUUUUCCUAUUUCAUUUGGCUAAGAUGGUUUGCGUGGAGGGUAGGUUUAAGGAAGGACAUCUUUAGUAUCAUCAGUCAUUGUACUCUUAAAAUAAUACCAUUUCAAAACCCAUAAAAUAGCUCAAGCUUCGAAAAUUAUAUAUAAUUGGAGAGCUAAAUGCUCUGACGUGUGCUAUUGGUUUUUUAGCUCGCGUAAUUAAAAAAAAGCCAAAAAAACAUAGGAAACGAAGACAACCUCUCUACAACUGAAACUGUUAUUGUGUUUGAGUUACUUGAUUGGUUUGAUGGUAGUUAAACUUUAAUAAACAAUGGAGCAGAUAAAAAUUAACCAAUAAGAAAUGGAUGUUUUACAGUCUGUUUUUCUUAAAAUAAAACGGAUUUCCUUACAUUUACCCUCGGAUGUUGUUUUUCUUAAAAUAAUAUGCAGAUAACGUAUUAACUGUGCAUACAAAUAAAUUUAAUAAGGUUUGUUGUGUUGUACCUAAUCUUGGUAUAUUUUAGAUCGUUACUUAAUUGCUGAAUAACAAAGAAUUAUCUAAAUAAUAAAGUGUUGAGA